GACUCAACUGAAGGGUCACCAGCCAUACCUAAAAAGUUCAAUGUUGCCAUAUUUAUACACGACUUUCCGUUAAUUGUGACAUAUUUCCCUGGCUUUCCAGUUAUUAUGUUAUUCUCCAUGGCCUGUAGGACCGGGUGAUCCUCUGGAAUUUCGGGUGCUAAAGGUUCCGGCUGCCAUUCCGCAAUCAACUCCUCCUUUUCCUUUUCAGUCAGGACAGAUUCUGGGGCAUACGCCUUUGAGAAAAACAGUAAUUUGAAAAUCCAGAUAAUUAGCAGUGCUUCGAAGAAAAGAUGAUACGAUGGAGCCUGUAGCAGGGCCUGGAACAUAUCGUACAUUUCCCAUGUUUGUGGAAUGAACGUUGACGCCAUGGCGUGAUACUAAUACUGGUACUCGUCAAGGGAGAACUAGUUUAUGUUAUGUAAGAAACUAAGGAAACAAUUUCACCUGUAAAAUGUUUAAAAAGUGUGUUGUGAUGUUCAAUGGUUACAUUAGUAUCAGUAUCUUAUAUAAGUUUAAAAUAUUUAAUGCGAUUUUAUAUACUAAAAUAAAAACAAUUAAUAUAAAGUCGGGAUCGGAAUACCACAUGAACUUCCUUAUUCCAGAAGACGCAAUAUUUUGAUAUUGACGUAGUUCACUAAAUUGUUAUCAUGACCGCGAUCAAUUACAGUAAAUGGGACCAUAUUGAGAUCUCGGACGAUGAAGAUGACACACAUCCCAAUGUUGACACAGCUAGUCUCUUCAGAUGGCGACAUCAGGCAAGAAUGGAAAGAAUGGAGCAAUCAAAGAAGGAAAAAGAAGACUUUGAGAAAGGCUAUGCAGAACAUCAACAGAAAAUGAAUGAAAUCAAGCAGAAAUUAAAAGAGGCAGAUUUGAGCAGUGAUAAAGAUGCAAAAACCAAACUCUCUGAAUUAGAGGACCAAGAGAAGAAAUGGAGAGAAAAAGAAGAAGAAUUGAAGAAAAAAGAAAAGCUAACUCCAUUAAAUAUUGACACCAUAUGCCACGAUGGAAAAUCAAAAACUGUGAUAAAUAAACCAAUACCAAAAAAAGAAUUAACAGAGGAAGAGAAAAGUCAGAAACAUAAAGAGUUUGUAGAGAAACAUAAAGCAGAUGCAAAAAAGUUUGGGAUGUUGCGUCGGUUUGAGGAUAGCCAGCAGUUCUUGAUUGACAACCCUGAUUUGGUCUGUGAGGAAACGGCCAAUGUCCUGGUCAUCUGGUGUAUAGAUCUUGCUAUGGAGGAGAAAACUGAUCUAAUGAAUCAUGUGGCUCAUCAAACAAUCGUAAUGAACUUCAUAAUGGAACUGGCAAAGCAGAUGGACGUAGAUCCAAGAAGCUGUGUUCGUCCUUUUUUCUCCAGGAUAAAGCUUGGUGAAAAGCAAUAUAUGGAAGCCUUCAACAGUGAACUGGAUGCAUUCAAAGAAAGAAUUACAAAGCGAGCCCAGGAGAAAUUACAGAAAGCCAUGGAAGAAUAUGAAGAGGAGGAGAGGCAGAAGAGGCUAGGACCAGGCGGUCUGGACCCUGUGGAAGUGUUUGAAACUUUACCAGAGGUCUUACAAAAGUGUUUCGAGUCCAAAGACAUUGCUUCAUUACAAAAAGCUAUCACAGAGUUGCCCGAGGAGGAGGCGCGCUAUCACAUGAAACGGUGCGUUGAUUCCGGACUGUGGGUGCCCGAAGCCAACAAAGAACCCGAGGGCGCUAAGGAGGAGGAAGUAUACGAUGAAGUGCAAGAAAGUGAACCCCUGGUGGGGAAUGACAUUAACGAUGUGGACUGAGGCGUGUGAAGUAUACCUUUAGACUCGUGCAUGCAAAGUUACUCUCAUCUGAUCUUCAAAGAUUCAUGUACAGUAAACUGCAACAUUUCAUGAGGUCGAGAAAGAAUGAAAAAGAGAUUCAUUACAAAGAUUCAUUCAAUUCUAAAAUUUGAGGUUGCAAAAAUGUUUUCAUUUUUGUUAAGUUUGCAAGAUUUAAUCAGAAGGAGGAAAUAUCACAUGUAGUUUAAAGAUUAUUUUUAGUAGUUUUGAAUUGCUGAAUCUCUGAAGAGAUCUUUAUGAAUACAGGAACGUUUUGAAGCUGUGUGUAUUUUAAGAAGAUUGUGAAAAUAUUCAUUAGAUAUUUCAACUUUUGAAUGAGCCUUUCCAUGAGGUUUCUUUGACAUGUAUGGUCCGACAGAGAGAAGUACAAGUUGUAUCAGAAUUGCUGUGUUCUUGCUCAGAACUCUAUAUGUGAGCAAGUCGCAACACGACAGUAAGUAGGCAUGUCAUAGAAUUAUGAGAUGCGCAUUGUAUUUCAACAGUAAUUGUCUUUUAAAUCAAUUUUCAGGAAAAUUUUGUGUCACUGUUGUCCAUUUUACGUGUAUUCACAUUCAUUAAUUCAUUCUAGCUGUUUUCAGCAUUUAUUAAACUGAUGUGAAAAAAUUGUGGGUUUCUCUUUUGUUUUCCCCAUUUACAAUUAUGUAUAAAACUGAAAAUGAUAAAUUGUAAA